AUGUCCCACUCGUCGACAGGGGAUACAGAUACAGACUCUUCUGGACUGGAUCACGAUCAGGGUGUAGCUGGAGACCAAGAAAAAGAUGAGUAUCCACUUGUAAAGCCAACAUUUGUCAAUCCGCUAACAGAAAAGCGUCGCUUAAAGCGGCAAGAGUUCAGUCAGCAAGCCGUGGAGACCGCAAUCAACAACGGAUGGCGUCCAAAAGACAAUUACUACAUAGAUCCAACAUUUUCUGCUGCCGAACACUUGAAUAACCUCUUCAAGACAAACAUUUAUACAAAGGCUAACUGUACCAUGAUACGUUAUAAGAAGGCUAUUACUUUGCCAAUAAGGCUCAGAGAGCUCCGUGCACGGGUGGAUGGUUACGAGAAAAUGGACAUAAUCGGUCGGCGUCUCACCAAUUUCCGCGAUGCAAUAGAGUACUGGGCAAAGAUCACUCUUCCGCGACUUACUACUGAGGAGCAGGAACGAAUAUUAGAGCUGCGGCACACGAAUAUAAAGAAGUUGGAAGAAGACGUUGACGGGGCACACAUUGCUGAGCCUGCACGUAAGUGGCUCGAGGCUUCCAAACACAAGGUCCUGGAUGCUGAUAGUGACAACGAAAACACUGCUAAAGAUGCAGAAUCAAAAGAGGGCCAGAAAGGCGAGACUAGCACAACGUUUGGUACUCCAGGCUUAGUGACGCCUGUUGUUCUUGUUUUAACGAGUAGCGCAUACAGAAUCUGCGAUAUGGGAUCUGUCAUGAAGGACUUCGGUGGUAUCUCCCUCUUUUUUGCAAGACAUCAGCCACUGCCUGCAAUGGUGAACCAGAUCAGACGGGGGUCAUUGCUCUAUGAUAGCUGUCGAGUAGCAAUUGGCUCUCCAGGCCGAAUUCUCAAGCUUAUAGAAAGUAAUUGCUUUAAUCUUCACCUCCUUACUACUGUCAUUUUGGACGUUGGCUACAUAGAUAAAAAGAAUCGGACACCCUUUGAAUAUGACGACAUACGAGCCGAUCUGCUGACACUAUAUGAAAACCACAUAGUUCACUGCAAAAACGUUCACUUUCUGCUGCUAUAA